UUUCCACUCCUGUGGGUGUAGGGUUAGGGUUUUCGUGGCUCUUGAACUCGAUCCUGCUCGCGUUUUUCGUUAGGGUUUCAUUUCCGAAUGGAAUCUGGGAACUUUUAGAUGAAGAUCUUAUUGAGGAAAAAGGGUCAAAUCUUAUUCUGUGUGGCGGAAAUUAAGGUUUAAUCGUGUCGGGGGACAGAGUGACUUGAUGGGAACCAUAGAUCUAAGGAGUAAGGAUGACAACUCUGCGGCGGAUCUCGGCUGUCAUGUCCACAGACUACCUUGCUGCAUUAGAUAUGAUGGUCCUACUGAAGUUUCUCACUACUUCAAGCCCAAAUGCAUGGGGGCUGAAAUUGAUGGACUAAAAGUUGAAGAAGCUCAUUUCAGAGGAAAGAAGUUGCAGGGAGCAACAAUCUCACUUCCUCAUGGUUAUUCUGGAUUUGUGCUUGGGCAGAAGAGUAACCGAAAUCCCCAUGGAAAGAGAAAAGCUUCUGGGUUAACGGGAGGAAACCCCUGUUGGGAGAUGAAGGCAACAUUUGAUAAACUCACAUAUUGGAAUCAUGACAGUCUUCCAUCCAAAGAUGAUACCUUCGUACGGUCGUUUCACUGGUUGACUGCUUCGAAAACGCUGCACAAGCCGGUGACAGCUGAAGACUUAGCUGCCGAAGCCGGAGGGGAAGAGCCUGGACAAUGCUCCUAAUAAACAUUGGAAAUCUCUCGGCCUUGCCAUGUUUUAACCACCGUUUUCUUGUCUAUCUUCGAUCUAAUAGAUAGAGGGAAAAAGGUUUCAACUUAGUCUUCCAUACAGAUCAGGCGGAUCAGAAUUCUGGGCAGAGAUCUUGUGGAACCAGGUAAGUAACCUGUGUCGCAACUCUUUCUCAGUUAAGGGUACCGUCAGAUAUAGAUUUGGUCCUAUGUUGUCUGGAUGAGAUUCUUGAUUUGGUUCUAUGUUGUGUUUUGGAAUGUUUUGUUUUGUAGUUAUUCUCCAUUAUUAGAACUGAACGAAACUAUUCGACCGUCAAAUCCGGAUUCGGUCUUUAAGUUGUUUCAUGUCUCAA